UAUCAAAUCACACAAGUCUCUCUCUUUCUCUCUCUUAUUUCGAAACCCUAGUUUGUCUUUUUCCUUUUCAAAAAAAAAAUGGCUGAAGUUGAGUACCGGUGCUUCGUCGGCGGCCUUGCCUGGGCCACCGGAGAUCAGGAUCUACAGAGGACGUUCUCAGAGUUCGGCGAAGUUAUCGAUUCUAAGAUCAUUAACGAUCGUGAAACUGGAAGAUCAAGGGGAUUCGGAUUCGUGACCUUCAAGGAAGAGAAAUCCAUGAGGGAUGCCAUUGAAGAGAUGAACGGAAAAGAGCUCGAUGGCCGUACCAUCACCGUUAAUGAGGCUCAGUCAAGAGGAAGUGGCGGCGGUGGAGGAGGUCGCGGUGGUGGUGGAGGUUACCGCAGCGGCGGUGGAGGAGGAUACUCCGGUGGAGGCGGAUACGAGAGACGUAGCGGAGGUUACGGCUCUGGCGGAGGCGGUGGUAGCCGAGGUGGAUACAGUGGGGGUGGUCGCCGUGAAGGCGGUUACGGAGGAGGUGAUGGCGGUUACAGCGGUGGCGGAGGCGGUGGCUGGUAAUCAAUGAUAGUCCGGUUUGGAGCUGGUCUGUGUUUGGUUGGUUUUAGAUUUGGUUGUGUGUCACCGUUUGGUUCUGGUUCGUUUGGCUUACUUUUUUGAUGAAACAGAUCGUUCAAUGUCUGGAACGAAAUGUUAAUUCGCGUGUUGUUCACUAUAUUUUUAAGGUUUCUUUGACCACAUUUCUCUCUCUA